GAAGAAGAUCUCCUGAGCAGCGUGUGCAGGGAGGUCGUCGAGAAGUGGUCUGAAGCUCAGGCUGCUGACACUGAAGAGAAGAAGGAAGAUGAGAUCCAGGCCAUCGCCAGCGUGAUGGAGAAGCAGGCCAGGAUGGUGGUGAGGCCGAAGGCAGUGUCUCAGGAGGAGAGGCAGAGGAAGGCUGCUCUCCUGGCCCAGUACGCCGACGUGACCGACGAGGAGGAUGGUGAGGAUGAACAAGACGGAUCGACCUCGGCAGUAAACAUUGGAUCAGAAAAAU